AUGUCUGUUCAAUUCAUCCCUCGAGGUUAUUACGCCGCCGGUGCCACCAAAAUGACCAAGAAUAUGGCCAUGGCUCUUCCCCUCUCUGAGCUCUCUUUCGUCUCGCCUGUAGCCCUUCAACUUGUUGAUGCAGAUUUUGAAAACUUCCUCAAUACUCAGACCCUUUCUGAUACCACCAAUGCCAACACCCUGUAUGACAGCUCCCCCUGUGAUCAAGAUGAAUUUCCAUCUCUCCCCGAGGAUUGCACGAUGGACGAUUUCGAUGUCAUGUUUGAAUUUCUCAAGGACCCUUCGGAUGCCUCCAACGUUGUCCAGUCGGCGACCUUCUAUGCGCAGCCAACCCUCUUUUCGUCCCUUGAAGAGGCCCGUGAAGCUGUUCGCCGCCAGGGCCCCACAGCAGGGGAUUCUACCUUUCCUCAGACCACCGAGGAAAUGCGCAACCUGAUUGCGUCUCUCAAAAUCGCGAUGAAGUCCGUGGCCCAUGCCAAAGACAGCCAGAAGACGAUCAAGCCUUUCGCAGAAGGCCGCCACUCAGACCUGGCUAUUGAAGUCGCCUGUUGGGAGUUGCUUAACGUGAUCAUGGCCCGGCACACAAAUGGGGCCUCAUUCACCGAGGCGCAUGAAAAGAGAGAGACCGGAUUGUUCCAAGUUCGAUUUGAGAAAGUUGUUCAUGGUCUUCAAGUUUCCAAGUCAAUCUGCAAGCACUUGCUAGAUGAAGCUUACAACAAGGUAUUUGUUGAUGACCCUCUGCACGCUGUGAAAAGGGUGUCCGCCAAUAAGAAGGUCAACGACAACAAGAAAGGCCUGAUUAAUAAGGGCAAAGAGGCUACCGCCCAGGCUGAAGCUGCUAACAAUACUCCGCUUACACCUCCGCCUUCGGGCAAAAAGCGCAAGCAAUGCCGCUAA